GGGGGCGAUGCACUAGCCCAUGGCCCUCCCGUGGCGACAGAGCGACGAGCCACAAAUGACCUCGUUGCGCCGUUAUAAGCCCGUGAGCGUCCCUCUCUGGCAUCCGACCCAGCUAUCCAAUCUCGACUGGGGCUGCCCGAGUUUCGAAUUGACAGGAUGCACCACCUCCUGCUUACGGCCGCAGCCGUAGCCUCGCUCGUGGGCUCCGCCGUCACCGCGCCUGCAACCCGUUUGGGCGUUGAGACUCGCAGUGGCACCCUGGUCGGCCACCCGUCCUCCAACAAGACGCACGUGACCGAGUUCCUGGGAAUCCGCUAUGCCGCCGCGCCCGUGGGCGAGCUGCGAUUUGCGCCGCCCAGCAAGUACCUGGCGCCCCCAGGCACCGUCGUCGAGGCAUCCGAGUGGUCGGCUGACUGCCCCGCCGUCAAGCCCCCAGUGUCGUUGUUCCCCAACUUCACCCAGCCCUCAGGCUUGCGUGUGUGGAAGAACUUUGCUGCCCAGAACAACAACUCGGUAUCUGAGGAUUGCCUAAAGCUAAACGUCUGGACGGCAAGUCCCGGUCACGCGGAUGCGAAAAAGCCAGUCUUGGUAUUCAUCCAUGGCGGACGCUUCCAGAUUCCAGGCCCCCAUAGUCCCUUCUACAACGGCCAGUACCUUGCUGAUGCUGAGGAUGUUGUGGUAGUGACGCUGAACUACCGCCUAGGUAUUUUUGGCUUUGCUGGUGCCCCUGGCGUGGAGAAGAACGCAGCCCUGCUUGACCAGCGCGCUGCUGUAGAGUGGGUGCGUGACAACAUUGCGGCGUUUGGCGGUGACCCCUCGCGUAUCGUCAUCUUUGGACAGAGCGCGGGUGGUGCUUCGGUCGACUACUGGGCGUACGCGUGGAAGAAGGACCCCAUUGUUUCUGGUCUCAUUCCCAUGUCUGGAACAUCCCUGAGUUUUAUCCCAAACACGGUCGAGUACGCGCAGUCCAUCUGGUACAACGUCUCCCAGGCCAUUGGCUGUGGUGGUCCCAAUGACGACGCUGCUGCAGUCGUGUCUUGUGUGCGCUCAGCGGACAUGUCCGCUGUUCUGGCAGCCUCGGCAAAGGUUCCCACCCUUCCCAGUGUUGGCUUGAAGCAGGCGACGUUCCAUCCAACAGUCGAUAACACGACUGUAUUUGCGGAUUACGAGCAGCUGUCCGAGGCCGGAUCAUUUGCCAAGAUUCCACUCUUGCUCGGCAACAACGACCACGAGGACGGCUGGUACCGCAUUUCCGGAUGGGCAACCAAGCUCAAUUUCACCGACGCCCAGUGGAACCUGUUUACUGAGCGGAGCUUCACUUGCCCGAGCGCCUACUCGGCUGCUUACCGGGUCCAACACAACGUCCCCACCUGGCGAUACAGGUACUUUGGUCAGUGGGACAACCUUCGUCUUUACAAUGGGAGUGCAGGUCUCGGACCCAAAGGCAGCGCAGCUUAUCAUGGCUCGGACCUUGGUCUGGUCUUUGGUACUGCUCAGGAUAUCUCGGGUCUCCCCAACAGCAACGCACAGGACAAGUACACGGCCUAUAUCCAAGGCGCAUGGGCUGCAUUUGCUCGAGACUCGCAGAAUGGCUUGACCCAAUACGGCUGGCCUCGAUACAUGUCUGGCAACGCCACUCUAGUCGAGCUGGCUUACAACAAUAAUGUCAAGCCUACUUUUGUCAACCACCAAAUCUUCGACGCAGUGUGUCCUGCGAAGAACGACCCGCUGCCUGGACGAGGUGCUUUUUAGCUGUCUUGAUUGCAUUGUCAAUGAAAUGAAACCAUAUUUUGAACCUGGUCGUGAUUUGCGUUCAUCUAUUCCUUCUCUUUCUGAAUCUGUAUAUCUACCUACCUUUUUUUUCUGAUUCUAUCCUGUCUAAUUACUUUCUUGUACCC